GUGUGGCCGGAACUUAUUUCCAUCACACAUAGUACGUUGUUGCAACACUAGGCAAGGCCCUGUUCUCGCAGACUUGCUUGCAGGCGGUGUUCUUCAUCCUUUGGCGACGGCGAAGUGAAAAGCUGGAACGUGGAGGGCAUUUGAAAUGCGUGUGAAACGAUUCCCUUGUGUCGGUUUCGUGCGACGAUCGUUGGAUUCGCUUUAAAGGAUCGAUCAAGGAGGAUUUUUGCCAUGGCACUACUGCGGUUUCUGAGGCUGGAAUUCUGCUCCAGCGAGUUCGUGUUUCUGGUGUUCGCGUUUUUGUUCCUUGUACCAGUGUCGGGACUGAAACGACAAGCCGCAUCGGUAAACGAAACUGUAACUUUCAAUGUCCUCGUAAUGUCUAAGUUGAGACCCGAUUCAAGUGGUCAGGCUUUCGAGGAACGAGCUGCGAGUCAAGUGGCAGCACAGAAUGUUUCGCACGCCACUGCGCUUGCGAAAAUCGUUCACAGGAAUUCCUUAUCCUCCUCUGUCCAACAUAUAAACGCAAGCCGGCAGGAGCUAAUGAUCGAAACCAUCUUGCGAGACGAAGCCCGAUUCAGCUCAAUUCUGAUGCAGAUUAAUCGCCCAGUGAGUGGGGAGGUGAGGGGUACUCACAAACUCCACGUCGACCAACACCAGAGGAAAACUCCAGCGCAGGAUUUUGAAGCGCCGAUCUUCUCCGGAUUAGCCUUCGGCACUGGAGAAUACUUCGCAGUGGUUGGUGUGGGCACACCUCGGCGUGACAUGUACCUCGUCGUUGACACGGGAAGUGACAUCACCUGGCUUCAAUGCGCCCCCUGUACCAAUUGCUACAAGCAGAAGGAUGCUCUGUUCAACCCUUCCAGCUCGUCGUCAUUCAAAGUCCUCGACUGCAGCUCCAGUCUGUGCUUGAACUUGGAUGUCAUGGGAUGCCUGUCAAACAAGUGCCUCUACCAGGCUGAUUACGGCGACGGCUCUUUCACCAUGGGAGAAUUGGUCACCGACAAUGUGGUGCUAGACGACGCGUUUGGGCCGGGUCAAGUGGUCCUCACAAACAUACCUUUGGGAUGCGGUCACGACAACGAAGGAACAUUCGGCACCGCCGCGGGGAUCUUGGGGCUUGGUAGAGGUCCUCUAUCCUUUCCCAACAACUUGGAUGCGUCGACCAGAAACAUCUUUUCCUACUGCCUUCCAGACAGAGAAAGCGACCCAAAUCACAAGUCGACGUUGGUGUUUGGCGACGCUGCAAUCCCACACACAGCCACAGGCAGUGUCAAAUUUAUUCCCCAGCUAAGGAAUCCUCGCGUCGCAACGUACUAUUACGUGCAGAUAACGGGCAUCAGCGUUGGCGGCAACCUGCUCACCAACAUCCCAGCGUCUGUGUUCCAGCUCGAUUCGCACGGGAAUGGUGGCACCAUCUUCGACUCCGGCACCACGAUCACGAGAUUGGAAGCAAGAGCAUAUACAGCAGUCAGGGAUGCGUUUCGUGCCGCGACAAUGCACUUGACAUCCGCGGCCGACUUCAAAAUCUUCGACACGUGCUACGACUUCACGGGCAUGAAUUCCAUCAGUGUGCCAACCGUCACGUUCCACUUCCAGGGCGAUGUCGACAUGAGGCUCCCGCCUUCCAAUUACAUCGUCCCGGUGAGCAACAACAACAUCUUCUGCUUUGCGUUCGCUGCUUCCAUGGGCCCUUCUGUCAUCGGCAAUGUCCAGCAGCAAAGCUUCCGGGUCAUCUACGACAACGUCCACAAGCAGAUCGGACUCCUCCCGGAUCAAUGUUCUUGAAUCAACCUCUUCCACUGCAGUGACUCUCAACGGAAGAUUGUUACAGUCUUGACACUAGUGAGCAACGCCUUUUUGUGAGCUUGAUUGGGUUCACUGCUACGAUUCUACCCCGUACCAUUGUGCACAUAAACCAACAUUCAAGCUGCUUAGAAAUACCAAACACGAAACCGAACGACCUUGUUUAAAUUCGAGCCACCCACAUUGACAGACGUGCAAAAUGGCUGGCAGAAUUAGAUCCUGAAAAAAGCCAUGCAAUCAGCACGUUAAUUUGGAGAGCUAUGAAAUGCUUGCAGAUUAUCACGUCCGUGGUGAGAGGGACGAGGCGACUCCGAAAGGCUUAGAACAAUCCAACAAUGUGAACUACUCCCAGGAAGAGUUAGAAACUUAUUCCAUUCCAGUCACUGAGCUGAAAAGUAGUUCUUUAGCAAUUUGUCACCUCCUUUUAGAAAAAGCCUUUCACAAUACAUUCUUGAGUAAUAUUUCUUUUUCUACUACUUUUCUGGAUGUGCUGUGAAGCAAUGCACAUUAGUCAGCAUUUUGGAACCGAAAGAUGUGGCUUUUGGCCUUUGCAAGUAGAAGUUAAUAUUUAGUUGCUUAUUCUCUAUCAAUCUGGCACACCUCAAACUUGCAUCCUCUAGUUUGAAGUGUAAUAGAGGAUGUCUAGAAAGUUUUAAUUUUCUAAAGUAGAAUUUUGUCACAUGGUUAUUCAUA